AUGUCAUCAUUUGUUAUUGGUCUGGAUAUAACUGAUAGUCAUGUAACAUCAGUAUUGGUACGUGUCGAACAAAUAUCAAAUAAAAAAAAAUUAGCAAUUGAGCAUGAUACAUAUUUUACUCGUUUAUAUGAAAUUAAUCUAGAUACUGAUCCAAGAGAUAUUAUUUCAAUUUGGAUACAAUGUAUUGAUGACCUUCUUCUUGAUUUUACCGAACAUUAUCAUGAUAAUGAUAAUAUUAUUGGUAUUUCUAUUGGUAUACCUGGACCGAUGGACUAUGAAUCAGGUAUAUGUUAUGCCCAAUCAUCGAUAUUUCAUAAAUUUUUCGGUCUUAAUUUACGUUUAUCAUUUGAAAAUGGUAUUAAAGAUCUUAUUGCUCGUUGGAAAUAUGAUUACUAUGAUAAAUAUCAUGCAAAAUCAACCGUAUCAUUACAUAAAAAACUAUCAAUUUUUGAUAAUUUACAGCAAGGACAAAAAACACGAAAAAUGACAAUCACAUCACCAAUAACACCACAAAUACCAAUUACUUUAAAUAUAUUAUCAGCAACAUUAGAAGAUAUUCGAGAAAAAAAUUUUAAGAAUUCAAAUAUUUUAGAUUAUUGUGGUCGACACGAUAAUGAUGAAGAUUUUUAUAAUGAUGAAGAAUGUGCUUCAAUAAUACCACGUUCACGUCGUGAAACAUAUUUUCAUGAUGUUGAAUCAAAGUCAUCAGAAAAACCUGAAUUAUUAAAUCGUUUUACUUCAAAAUUAUGGACAAUUAUUGAACAAUUAGGUCGUGUACCUAUUUCAUUUUAUAAUGAUGCAACAUGUCUUGGUUUAGGAGAAGCAAUUAAUGAUUAUAAUCAAGAUUAUAAACGUAUUCUUGCUUUAACAUUAGGUUUAAGUUUUGGUUCAGUAUUUAUUGAUCAAGGAGAAAUUAUUACAAAUCGAGAAGAUGUUCCAUUAAAUGGUGUUUUAUGGAAUUGUCCUUAUGAUCAAAAUUCUAUAGCUGAUGAUUGGUUUUCUGUUCGUGGAUUAAUUAAUGUUUAUAAAAAACUUCUUCGAUCCGAAUCACCUGAUGAUAGUUCAGGUACAAGUAGUAUGACAUUAUCAACUGAUGAACAACAACAAUAUGACGAUAAUUUAUCAAUAAAUGAACAAUAUCUUGCACGACGAGCAUCAAAUGGUGAUCCAAUUGCAAUAAAAGCAUUCCAAAUAUUUGCGCGUUUAUUAGGACAAUUUCUUAUCCCAUAUAUAAAUGCAUUUCAUGCUCAACUUAUUAUUAUUAGUGGUAAUCUUUCACAAGUUUGGUAUUUACUUGAAGAUGAACUUAAUCUUACAAUACAAAAAUUCUCUCAAGUUCAAGUUUAUUUUAGCCUUUCACAAGGUAAAUCAGUAUGUCUUGGUGCUGUUCAACAACAAUCAUUAGAAUCACCAAAACAUUUUUCUCGACAAAUUCAUCAACCACUUUUACCUGUUGUUAAAACAAUUGAUACAUCAAAGUAUGAUAUUUAUCCUUCACAUCAAAUUCCAUCAGGUUCUAUUGGUAUUGGUCAUCGAACAUUAAAUGAAAAAUUAUUUGAUUUAAUUGAAGAAAAGAAAAUCUUAUUAAUUGAUGGUUUUGUUGGAACAUAUUUUAAUGAAUAUGCUCAACAAAUAAAUAAAUAUUAUAGAGAAAAAAAGAAAGGAAAAAAAUCUUCAUUAUCAUCAUCAUCAUUAUUAUUUUAUGAUAGUCGAGCAUUUUUACAAACAGAUUCAAAUCUUCAACGACAAAUCUAUCUUCAAGAUCCACAAUCAUUAUUUGGUAGAGUAGCUUCAGAUUUAGAUUUUCAAAAAGAUUUUCUUGAUUUAAAAAAAUUAAAUUUCUUAAAAAAUAAUCUUUCAUAUCCAUGUAUUAUUAUUGGACCAGGUUCAUCAUAUAUUAAUGAAACAUUACCAUUGAUUUAUAUUGAUUUAGCUAAAAAUGAACUUUAUUAUCGUGUUGCAACAGAAACAUCAUUUUCUUAUUUAAAACCAACAGAAAAAUUUACACCUCAUGAUAAUCAAUUAACAUCAACAAUGUAUGAACAAAAAUGUCUUUAUUUUCUUGAUUAUCCAAUAUUUAAUAAACUUAAACAAGAACUUCUACCUCGUAUAAAUUAUUUUAUUGAUGGUCAACGACCUAAUUGUCCAACAUGGAUUGAUGGUAAUUCAUUUCGACAAGCACUUAAACAUAUAGCUAAUGAACCACUUCGUGUACGACCUUGGUUUCAAUCAGGUUCGUGGGGUGGUCAAUGGUUAAAAACUGUUUGUGAAAAUAUUUCUAAACAUGCAAAAAAUUAUGCAUGGUCAUAUGAAAUGAUUACAUCGGAAAAUGGUUUAAUUCUAUCCGAUAAAUAUAAUCAUCUUAUUGAACUUUCAUGGGAUAUUUUUUAUGGUUCACAAUUUGAUAAAAUCUUAGGAAAUGAUAUACAUUGUCGAUUAUUUAAUGGUUCAAAUGAUUUUCCAAUACGAUUUAAUUUUCUUGAUACGAUAGAUGGAGGAAAUUUAUCAUUACAAUGUACCCCAAAUCUUCAAUAUAUGCGUACAAAUUUUGGUGAAAAAUUACCACAAGAUGAAACAUAUUAUAUAAUUGAAACUAAACAACAUUGGAAAGAAGAAUAUCAAAAUGAUAAAUCAUCAUCAGCUUAUAUUUAUCUUGAUUUUCAUAAAAAUAUCAAUUCAGAAGAAUUUCAUCAUGAUUUAAUACUAAGUGAAAUCAAAAAAGAAUAUUUAAAUAUUGAUAAAUAUAUUCAAUGUAUUCCAACACAUAUUCAUGAUUAUUUUUUAAUACCAAAUGAAACAAUUCAUGCAUCUGGUCGUAAUCAAGUUGUACUUGAAAUAUCUUCUACACCCUAUCUAUAUACAUUUAAAUUAUAUGAUUGGUUAAGAUCGAAUUUUGAUGGUCAUUCACAAAUUUUAAAUAUUGAACAUGGAAUGAAAAAUUUAAAAUUUAAUCAACAAAAUGAACAACUUCAAUGUCAACCAAUAACGAUUAAAAUUGAACAAGAUAAAUAUGAAGAACAACAUUUACCAACACAUAAUUUACAUAUUUUUGAUGUCCAACGUCUUGUUAUUGAACCAAAUGAAAAUAUUGAAAUAUUUCGAUUAACAGAAAAUCGUUUUCAUUUAUGUAUGUUAGUUCAAGGUGAUGCUAUUGAAAUACAAUACAAUUCAAUUGAUAAUAAUAAUCAUCAAAAACAAAUACGACAAUAUAAUUAUAUCGAAACAUUUUUAAUACCAUCAUCAAUUAAAGAAUAUCGUUUAAGGCCAAUAAUUAAAAAUAAGGAUAAUGAAAACAAAUCACAAAAAUUGAUUUUACUCAUAUCUUUUCUCAAGUGGGAUUGUGAAAAAUUACUUGAAUAA